AUGCUCAAAACGUCGGUUGCAAUCGCCGCCCUCAGCGCUGGAGGAGGCGCCGCUCUCACAGCCGCUCUCUACUCUCUCCGUCCCAAAGACAGAAUCGCAGACAUGGCCGCCUCCUCCUCCUCCUCGUCCUCUCUCUCCUCCACAGCCAUCGUCUCGACCCCAACCGCCGUCACAGCCAUCCCCGCCAACCAAGUCUUUGGCGCCGGCGGCACUCCUCUGCCCAUCGUCCCCGGCCCAGCAGCGCCCGUCAACCCCGGCGGCCUCUUCGAAUACGGCUUCCCAGGCCCCGUGUCCGACAUCGCGACCCGCGCUGCCCUCAUCUCGAGCUACGACCGCCGCACGCGCAACCCGCACUGGGUCGUCGAGCACAUCACGCCCGAGUCGCUGGCCACGCGCGGCGGCGACCGCAAGAACAGCGUCUUCCUCGAGGACGCCGGCGUGCCGCAAAAGUUCCGCGCCCUGCUCAAGGACUACUUCCGCAGCGGCUACGACAGAGGGCAUCAGGUGCCCGCCGCCGACGCAAAGUGGUCGCAGGCCGCCAUGGACGAGACCUUUUACCUCAGCAACAUGUGCCCGCAGGUCGGCGAGGGCUUCAACCGCGACUACUGGGCGCACUUUGAGGACUUCUGCCGCCGCCUGACGCAGCGGUAUCCUUCGGUGCGCAUCGUCACGGGGCCGCUGUAUCUGCCCAAGAAGGACCCCGUCGACAACAAGUGGUACGUCAAGUACGAGAUGAUUGGCACGCCGCCGUCCGUCGCCGUGCCCACGCACUUUUACAAGGUCAUCUUCGCCGAGGACGGCCGCGUGGGCGGCAACGUGGCCGUCGGCGCAUUCGUCCUGCCAAACGCCCGCAUCGACAACGCCAAGCCCAUUACCGACUUCGAGGUGCCCCUCGAGGCUGUCGAGCGUGCCAGCGGCCUGGAGUUUGCGAACCUGCUGCCCAUGCAGCGCAGGAGGAGGCUCUGCACCGACACUACUUGCGCUUUGGUUAUCAAGGACUACAGCGAGAGGCAAAAGGCGUUUGCCAAGAGCGCCAAAUGA